AUGGUGCAGCAGCGGGGCACGCGGGCCAAGCGGGACGGCGGGCCGCCGCCCCCGGGGCCGGGGCCGGCCGAGGAGGGGGCGCGUGAGCCCGGCUGGUGCAAGACCCCGAGUGGCCACAUUAAGAGACCGAUGAACGCGUUCAUGGUGUGGUCACAGCACGAACGGCGGAAGAUCAUGGACCAGUGGCCCGACAUGCACAACGCCGAGAUCUCCAAGCGCCUGGGCCGCCGCUGGCAGCUGCUGCAGGACUCGGAGAAGAUCCCGUUCGUGCGGGAGGCGGAGCGGCUGCGCCUCAAGCACAUGGCGGAUUACCCGGACUACAAGUACCGGCCGCGCAAAAAGAGCAAGGGGGCGCCAGCGAAGGCGCGGCCCCGCCCCCCCGGCGGUGGCGGCGGUGGUGGCAGCCGGCUCAAGCCCGGGCCGCAGCUGCCUAGCCGCGGGGGCCGCCGAGCGGCAGGAGGGCCUUUGGGGGGCGGCGCGGCGGCGCCCGAGGACGACGAUGAGGACGACGAUGAGGAGCUGCUAGAAGUGCGCCUGGUCGAGACCCCCGGGCGGGAGCUGUGGAAGAUGGUCCCGGCAGGACGGGCUGCCCGGGGACCAGCGGAGCGCGCCCAGGGGCCGUCGGGUGAGGGAGCAGCUGUCACCACCGCCUCCCCGACUCCGUCGGAGGACGAGGAGCCUGAGGAAGAGGAGGAGGAGGCGGCGGCGGUGGAGGAAGGCGAAGACGAGACGGUGGCGUCGGGAGAGGAGCCUCUGGGCUUUCUAUCCAGACUGCCCCCUGGCCCAGCCGGCCUGGACUGCAGCGCCCUGGACCGCGACCCUGAUCUGCAGCCUCCCUCGGGCACGUCGCACUUCGAGUUCCCGGACUACUGCACCCCCGAGGUUACCGAGAUGAUCGCGGGGGACUGGCGCCCGUCUAGCAUCGCCGACCUGGUUUUCACCUACUGAGCCCACCGUCAGCGGGGCGCGCAAGCCCCCUAACCAGCUGUUUACAUACAGGAAUCAGGUAUUGGGGCCCCUCGGAGGCCGAGGCUGGCACCCCAUCUCCCACGCAGCCUCCCCCCUCCUAGACGUGCCCAUCCCCCCCUUGAAUCCAGAC